GCGAUGCCUCAUCACCAUUCAUUCUCAGGCAGGCACUCAGGACAAACACACACUCGCACCGCUCCCUGGACAAUCUUUUUUUUAAAACGAAAUAAAGCGUGAUGAUGGCAGAAGAAAGCAGGGGCAAGCGAAGGAAACAAGCCAACCCCAGGAGAAAUCGAGUGGAUGCUGAGCAAGUGAGUUCACUGGGAUCUGAGGGGGAGGAUGAGGUGGGCCUGUGGAGCCUGGAGCCCCAGGACUGCCAGGAGAGUCUGGACAAGACAAGCCUGACACCCAGCGAAGGAACGGAGGAGCCCGGCAGCCCUACCCGCUCCACGCGUCCGCACAGCCUCAGCCCCGGCAGCAGGAACUACUGGCCGCAGGUGGAGCAGGAGGCCGAGGCUGCAGAAGACACCACCGCCGCAUCUGCCGCUGACAGGGAGGGAGACCAGGAACCGUUGACGAUGUACUGUAACAACUCAGACUCCCAGAAUGCCUUGGAGGACCUGGCCCACUAUGAAUUUAUGGUCCAGUUGAGGAAGGCCUCUUCAGCCAGUCUCAUGGAGCACCUGAACCACAAUGGCACAGCAGCGGUGUUCCACCCAGGCAGCAGGCUCGAUGAACUGCCCCCUGCCAUCUGGUCACCAGGAGCUCAGCACAGCUCACCUGAGGGAGCAGAUGUAGGGAGAACCCAGCAGGCCUGUCCAUUCUGCCACAGGAUGUAUCAGCGAGGAGCUUCUUUGAGGAACCAUGUCAAGUACUGUCAGGAGAGGGCGGGGGGCCACAUGGUCUGUCCGCUCUGUGGAUACACUGCCACCCUUAGGGCACAGAUGGAGCGACACCUGGCGCUUCAUAACCAAGUGCAGGACCAGAGUGUCCUCACUUUGGAUCAAGGCCUUGAGACCAGGAAGUUCAAAUGUCUGCAGUGUGGGAAAGCGUUUAAGUACAAACACCACCUCAAAGAGCAUCUCCGGAUCCACAGCGGUGAGAAACCUUAUGAGUGCUCAAACUGCAAGAAACGUUUCUCUCACUCUGGCUCCUACAGCUCCCACUUAAGCAGCAAAAAGUGCUUGAGUGGUGGAGGAAAUGGAAACCCAGGAGGAGCCAGCGGUGCAUUUAAUGGACAUAGCCAAAACUCCUACCACCACUCAUUUCCAACAUCUCCCUCUGCAGAUGGGGGCAGAAACAGUUCUGAGAAGGGCUCUCCAUUGGCCCAAGAUCAUGCCGGGCCUCCGGGGCGAGUACCAGAGGAUCCUCACCAGCUUUUACUGCAGGACCCCAACCACAACCCCACGGGCUUCCCCAGAGCGUCAGACCUGGCUCGGCUUUGGGACCCCUCAGCAGAGCUCUCUCUGAGGGCCAGUAUACUAAAAGGAACCACCCUGCUGCCUUAUCUGCACUCUGGGACCAAGUUUGAACAGAUGCUGCAGGAGAUGCUUCACAGGGAGGUGAAGAAAGAUGAGAAUAUGGACAGAGGAAGAGCUGCGAUGGAGGAAAGGAAGGUGAUUUACAACGGAGGAGGGUCUGACAUGAAGGUGUCACCUGACAGGAGAAGAGAAGCAGUGAGGUCAGGUGAAGGGGAGCGAGGUGUGCUCGGGGUGACGUGUCGCUGGUGCUCCCACCUUUUCCCCAACGUGGCGGUGCUCCUACAGCACGAACGCUACCUCUGUAAGAUGAACCGAGAGGCAGUGGAGGUGCCCGAGGGCCUUCGCUGCAAAGACCACCCCUUGUCACCUUUAUUCUUCCCCAGAUCUGCUCUUCAACCGGAGAACAGCAAACCGAGUGAAGUAACCAACGGCUUCUCGGGAAACAAAUCACCAAAACAGAAGCCCAGCUGGCACUCUGUACCGCAGCAGCUUUUGGUCGCAAUGCACUCUCCUCCACAGCCCCACCACGAUGCCCUGUCCUCAAGAGCGUUCUGGUCCAGCCAGGAAAAGGGAAGCCCAAGCCAGCCAAUCAACCACUCCCCAGAGCUGUCAUCACCACGAGUCAGAAGGAGGGUUCCCUCUUCAGGGUUUGGUUCUCCGGUCUGCCUCGACCUCACCAGCUGUCCUCCUGAACUGACCUCCCCUCAGAACCAGACCAGCAACCCCUGGUCUGCACAGAACGAGCCUCUCGACCUUUCCCUGCCCAAGCAGCUCUCAGAGCAGGAGGGGAGAAGAAAAACUGUAAACGGCACCUCAGCCAGAGGAGAGAGGAGGGAGCGCGGGAACCAGCAACUUAGGAGGCCAAGUCCAACUUCACAUCACCCCCUUCACCACCACCCGGUCUACAGCGGGGCUGGGGCUCCUGUGUUUCCAGGUUCCUUAUUUAAUGGAUUUCCUAUCUUCAACCAGUCUGGUCUAGGGCUUUCAGGACAUGACGGCAUCGCAGCGAUUCCAUUCGGCCAGCCGGCUAAUAGCCCUGCGUUUCUCUCUCCUAUGGCUUACAUGAUGGAGGCAGAAGCAGAGGCAACGCUGAAAAAGAUCCACCAGGAGAGACAAGCUCUUAUGGGUGAGGUGUUAAGUCGUGGAGCUCUGGACUAUCUCUCUCUCAUGGAUGACGGACUGGAGGGAGAUGGAGGACCAGGAAGGAAAAGACUGAAGAAGACAGACGAGGGGCUUUACGCUUGUGACAUUUGUGAAAAAACCUUUCAGAAGAGCAGUUCUCUGCUCCGUCACAAAUACGAGCACACAGGUAAGCGUCCUCACGAGUGCAAGAUCUGCAACAAGGCCUUCAAGCAUAAGCACCAUCUGAUUGAGCACAGCCGGCUGCACUCUGGAGAGAAACCCUACCAAUGUGACAAGUGUGGCAAACGCUUCUCUCACUCCGGCUCGUACUCCCAGCACAUGAACCACCGCUACGCCUACUGCAGCAAGGACCAAGAUCCAGACCAAGACCACGAGGAGAUGCCUCUCACCCCAGGGGCAGGCAGCAGUCUCGGGGGUCGCCACACCGACGAAACCCCUCUGUCCAUGGAGGAUGCCCAAACCGCCCACUCUUUCCUUAGCGAUUCCAGUCUGGAUGGAGCUGCAGACGCCAUUAAGGAGGAGGAGGAGGAGGAGGAGGAGGAGGAAGAAGAGGAGGAGGAGGAUAAAGAUGCAGGAGUUAGUGAUGGUCAUGCGGAAGAGGCACAUGUGGGUUUUUCAGAGGCAGCCAAGGAGCUGGAAGGUAGCCCCAUCCAAGGAUCACCUACAGGGGAGAAUGGAGUGCGAAAUGGUUACGAUGUGGGAAACCAUAUUGACAAUGCAGAGAGACAAUUCUGGGAGCAGAAUGGAGACUUGGAUAAAUGUGAACUGAGCCUGGAUAUAACAGAUUUACCCAGAAUAAAAACUUAAGGUGACUCUAACAAGCCAAUACAAUAUUAUAUAUAUAUAUUAAAACUUUUGAUACACUUUUUCUCUCAUAUACAGUAUAAAACAGGCUCGACUGAUUUUACUAU